UGCAGCUGCGCAGAACCGGCUCCACGGACCAGCCGGCCGGGCCCGGCACCCGAAACUCACUCCGCCCUUUUCAGCGUGCAGUGGCGGACGCAGCGACCGGUCUCUGACAUCUGGUGGACUUUCGUUGACGGUAAACGAGACUUACGACAAACUAAAGAUGGCUCUGCUGCGGACCCAACUGUACAUCGACGGCCACUGGCGGCAGUCGUCGGACCAGGCCACGUUCGACGUGCUGAACCCGGCUACCGGCCAGGUGCUGCAGGCCUGCAGCGACGCGACGGCCGAGGACGUCCGCGACGCCUGCGAGGCGGCCGCCAACGCCUUCGCCUCGUUCAAGAAGACGACGGCUAAGGAACGGAUGGUCAUCUUGAACAAGAUCCGCGAUGGACUUCUCGAAAACAAAAAGGAAAUUGGUCAAAUCCUCUGUCAGGAAAAUGGUAAACCCAUCGGCGAGGCAGAGGGCGAGGUGGGUUUUGCGGCCAGCUUCUUCGACUGGUUUGGCCAGGAGGGUCGGAGGGCGUACGGCCAGGUGAUUCCGACCGUGAACGGCGACCGGCAGCUGGUGUGCGUCAAACAGCCCUGCGGCGUGGCCGCCAUCAUCACCCCGUGGAACUUCCCGAUCGGCAUGUUGGCCCGCAAGGCAGCGGCCGCGCUCGCUGCUGGCUGUACGGUGGUCAUCAAGCCGGCUGAGGACACACCGCUCACAGCACUCGCCUUCGCCGCCGUCUGCGAGCGGGUCGGCGUGCCGCACGGUCUGGUGAACGUGGUGCCGUGCUCGCGGUCCCGCGUGGCCCAGCUGGGCCGGCUGCUGUGUACCGAGCCUCUGGUGCGUCUGCUCAGCUUCACCGGCUCCACGGAGGUGGGCCGGCUGCUGUACCGCGACUGCGCCGACACCGUGAAGCGGAUCCAUCUGGAGCUGGGCGGUAACGCGCCGUUCGUGGUGUUCGACUCGGCCGAACUGCAGACGGCAGUGACCGGUGCCAUGGCGGCCAAGUUCAGGAACACUGGACAGACGUGUGUGUCCACCAACCGGCUGCUCGUUCAGGCCGGCAUUUACGACAGGUUUGUGGAGGCGCUUGCUGAGGCAAUGAAGACCACUCUAAAGUUUGGGGAUGGUUCGAUAGCCGGCAACAAUCAGGGACCCCUGAUCAACCGGAAACAGCUGGAGAAGGUCAAAUCCUUGGUGGAAGACGCGGUCUCUCACGGAGCUCAUGUGGUGAUGGGCGGCAAGCAGCCACCAGAAGGGGGACUCUUCUACGAGCCCACCCUGUUGACGGGCGCCACCAAGCAGAUGAAGCUGUACACGGAGGAGAUCUUCGGACCGGUGGUGGCCAUCUACAAGUUCACCACGGAGGAAGAGGCGGUGCAAAUAGCCAACGACACCAACAAGGGACUGGCAGGUUACCUCUACACGAACGACUACCAGCAGUCCUGGAGGGUCUCCAUGGCCCUAGAGUACGGCCUGGUCGGUGUCAACGAGUCACUGACUUCCACCUGCGAGGCGCCCUUCGGCGGCUUCAAGCACUCCGGCAUCGGCAAGGAAGGCGCUCAGGAAGGCCUCGAAUGCUUCAUGGAAACCAAGUACAUCUGCUUCGGCGGACUGAAGAUGUAGGAAGCUGAUGCUCGCGUUUAGAACUCAAUCAUGCGAGAAAGCAGGAUGAUUCUCUUCGCAGGCAUUCCUAGCAUGGUAUAAACGCGAUUGUUUGCGUUUCUAACGGUAUUCGUCAUUGAGUGGUGGUUUGCAUGCAUUUGUAGUCUGCUGGCAAAAGUUGAAGUAGCUUUCAUGACUUGCACAUUGCACAGGUAAUGUGCUUCCACUGCAACGGAUCACAUGAUGGGAGCCUUUGAGGCAAUAACUCUACCGUGGGUUUUCUUACCAGAUGGCAUACAAACGAAAAUGCGCGAAAUCAUUCCUAGAAUUUUGUACUUGUAGAGCUCAGGUAGUUGGUACCUCGCACUCCCCAAAGCGCGACAUCAGUCCCUUCAUAAUGUUAUCAGUCAUGUAUUCUGAGGAAAUUUUACCGUACAGCCAUGCUAUGUUUAUGAACAUUUUGCUCACAGGUGUAAUAGGUAUUCAAGGUUUGCAUCGCGUUGCAAACGUCAGUCCUACGACAUGAAGUGACGUUUUUAACUUGCUGCCAAGGAGGAGGGACAUGGUGAUUAAUUUCGGUUAUCCCGUAGAUAAUUUUUGUCAAUGUCCAUUGUCCAGUCAUGAAGUGUCUAGUGAACUAUUUUAGUUUCGAUAAAGUGUUGUGGAAUAACUACCUGCAAAUUACAACGAAUAGUUUGUAGGUAUAUGAUGCAUCCUAUGUUUGCAUCACAUUUCCUAUCUGCAUUUAUUAUACCUACAUACCCAGCAUGCUAAGGUGUAUGCAAUGCAAUGCUUGUCGUGACAAUGUCAUGUGUUGAAAUGCAGCGUGUAUUCAUGAAAUGCAGCGUAUGUCAGUCAGCGUAAAAAACUUUGUCGUUGACAAAGUUUUUACCUUUACGGUGCCUCUCCUCCAUACUGAGUAAAAGCACUGAUCCAAUAUCAGUCGGUCUAUGUGAAAUGAAUUGUCAACAAAGGACCUCCGAGACUGUAUUAUGACCACAUCGAGGCUAGCAAACUGCAUGAGCUGUGUCAGUUUUUGUAAUGCCAUGCUCUUGUUUUAGUAUUCGAUAAUACACGCGAGCAUUGCAA